CUGCUGCCGCGAGGGAGCGCGGGAAAUCCCGAGUGCAUCUGGAGUUCCGUGGAUCGCUGGGAGUAUGACCACCUCGUCGGUGUCCAAGGGCUGUUUUGUGUUUAAACCAAAUGUUAAGAAGAGAAAGAUCUCUGUGCCAGUAGAGGACUAUUUUAAUAAAGGGAAAAAUGAGUCUGAGGACAGUAAGCUUCGAUUUGAAACUUAUCAGUCGAUAUGGCAGCAGAUGAAAUCUGAAACUGAGCAACUACAAGAGGAAUUAAAUAAAAACCUGUUUGACAGUCUAAUUGAAUUUCUGCAAAAAUCUCAUUCUGGAUUCCAGAAGAAUUCAAGAGACUGGGGCUGUCAAAUAAAGCUCAGAGAAAUUCCAACUGCUGCUCUUGUUCUAGGUGUGAAUGUAACAGAUCAUGACUUAACAUUCAGGAGUCUAACAGAAGCCCUUCAGAAUAAUGUCACUCCAUAUGUAGUCUCAUUGCAAGCUAAAGAUUGUCCAGAUAUUAAGCAUUUUUUGCAAAAGCUCACCUCACAAUUGAUGGACUGCAAUGUAGAUGUGCCAUCCAAAGAGAAAGAAAGUGUUCAGUUCACUCAGAAGAAGACACAUUAUUCCAUGGAUUCUCUUUCCAGUUGGUAUAUGAAUGUCACACAGAAGACAGAACCAAAAAUGCCAAGAAAAAAGAGGACUUCUUCUAGCCAAUGGCAGUCUCCACCUGUUGUGCUUAUCUUAAAGGAUAUGGAAAGCUUCACCACAAAAGUACUCCAAGACUUCAUAAUUAUUGGCAGUCAACAUCUACAUGAAUUUCCACUAAUCCUCAUCUUUGGAAUUGCCACAUCUCCUAUUAUCAUCCAUCGGUUGCUUCCUCAUGCAGUAUCAUCUUUGUUGUGUAUAGAACUAUUCCAGUCUUUGUCUUGCAAGGAGCACCUGACUACAGUACUUGAUAAGCUGCUUCUUACAACUCAGUUUCCAUUUAAACUAAGUGAAAAAGUGUUGCAGAUUCUGACUAAUAUCUUCUUAUAUCAUGAUUUCUCAAUUCAAAACUUUAUAAAAGGACUCCAGCUCUCUCUAUUAGAACAUUUCUAUUCCCAACCCCUCAGUGUUCUGUGCUGUAAUCUCCUCGAAGCCAAAAGAAGAAUACAUUUUUUAUCAAAUAAUCAGUGUGAAAAUAUCCGACGUCUUCCAUCAUUCAGAAGGUAUGUGGAAAAGCAAGCUUUAGAAAAGCAAGUUGCGCUCUUGACCAAUGAGAUAUUUUUGAAGGAGGAAGCACAAUCGUUACUAGAAAACCUGCAUGUUUACCAUACAAAUUACUUCCUGGUUUUAAGAGGUCUUCAUCAGUUCACCUCUUCUCUUCCCAAGUACCCAUUGGGUCGACAGAUCAGAGAACUCUACUGCACAUGUUUGGAAAAGAACAUAUGGGAUUCAGAGGAGUAUACAUCAGCCUUGCAGCUGCUGAGGAUGUUGGCAAAGGAUGAACUGGUGACCAUACUUCAGAAAUGUUUCAAAGUUUUUAAGUCUUCUUCUGAAAAGCAGCUUGGCAACGCAGCAAAGAGAAUGGAGGAGUUCCUGGCCCAGUUUCAGAGCCUUGAUGCAGAAGCCAAAGAGGAAGAAGAUACUUCCGGGUCACAGUCAAAGGGGCUUCAGAAGACAGACCUCUAUCAUCUUCAGAAGUCCUUACUGGAAAUGAAGGAGUUAAGAAGAACAAGUAAGAAGCAGACCAAAUUUGAAGUCCUCAGAGAACAAAUUGUGAGCUUCAUUGACAGUCUGGUGAGAGAACACCUCCUACCUCCAGAGACACAGCCUCUGCACGAGGUGAUGUACUUUAGUGCUGCCCAGACCCUCCGCCAGCACCUGAACGCCGCUCCGCGUAUCGCUCUCCACACCGCGCUCAACAACCCGUAUUACUACCUCAAGAAUGAAGCACUGAGAAGUGAAGAAGGUUGCAUUCCAAAUGUCGCCCCAGACAUCUGCAUCGCAUAUAAGCUGCACCUGGAGUGUAGCAGGCUCAUCAACCUUGUGGACUGGUCAGAGGCUUUUGCAACAGUUGUGACAGCUGCUGAAAAAAUGGAUGCAAGUUCUGUAACCUCAGAAGAAAGGAAUGAAAUUAUCCAUGCACGGUUUAUUAGAGCCGUUUCUGAACUAGAACUUUUAGGAUUUAUCAAACCCACCAAACAGAAGACUGACCAUGUGGCAAGGUUAACGUGGGGAGGCUGUUAGAAAGCAAAUGAAUGAAGCCAGAAAGAUAACAUUUAGAUUAAGAGAAAAAGGGGACCAAUCACAUUUACACACUGCUAGAGGAAGAUUUUUUUGGCAAGAAAUGUGUAAUCCCUGUGUGAUUUUUAACAGAAAAAUAGACUGCUAACCCCAAGCAGGAUGUCAAAACACCUUUAGAGUACAUUAGAAUCCAACAAAUAACACAUAAAUGUUGUUAACUAGAGCCCUCUCUCAGAAUAUCACUGUAAUUUGCAGUCAUUAAUAAAUUAAAUUGUUCUGAGCAUAUGUAAUGUAUAAAUAUAAUUUCCUUUAUCUAGGGUUAU